AUCGAAUGCUCGAGCAAAUAUCUUUUGAAGAGGUGUACAAACUUCAUUGAAAGUGUUUUGUCGAUAAAGUACUGGGUUCUCUAUUUGAAAUGACAAUUUAACGAAGCGCUCGGGCGGUUCUAUUUGUGCUUAAUUGAUUAAUCCCGAUAACUGAUAUGAUAUUACCAACGGUGAUUUACUGUCUCAUAGAAACGGACGGUGAUGGAAUAUUAUUUGUCAAUAUGUUGCGAAAUUUUGACACUUGUCGGAAUCACAAUCGUUAAUAUUUUUUGCUAAAACGUGUGAGACAGGAUAUGAACAAAUAAUUGUUGUUUUGAAUGGAUGUAAAUAGCUUUAUGAAUCAGACUGAAUGUUUUGUUUAAUGUAUCAGACGUGAUGGAGCCUUUUACAUAAUUGUCAGGAUCAUUAGAAUAUACAGCGGAAAGUUCUCCAGGGAAUAUGGGCUUGCCGGAAUGACAACUACUACUGAUCCAACUGUUGAGAUCGUAAAGCCGAUCGAGUUUGGGGCAAUAAACUAUGUACUUACGUUCAUCAGUGCUAUUUUGGGUGUGGCUUUUCUCAUUGGAGUUAUUGUGCUCAUAUACAAGGAACGUCUACGAUCAGUAGAGGCCAGAAUAGUUGACUUUAAGCAAAAACUGAAUAUACGACGAAAAGGAAUAAGUGGCAAAUCUAUGCAACGCGGAACUUCUAGCGAAAGUAUAACUACGUCAGAAGCAACGUCAUAUAUACAGUUGACAGAGACGCCGACGUCAUUACGAUGUAGUUCUGCAUGGACACCGAGUCCAGUAACUAGAAACAGUAUAAUUAGUGAUACACCUAACUCUGCAGACUUCAACUUUUAGCGAAUACACGUGUUCAUAUACAUUAUUCAUACCAGGAGAGGAUGUGUUUGAUUGUGUUAAAUCAAUUAUACACUUUACAAUAAUUAGUGUGAACCUAAUAUUGAACUAAGAAUUGAUCUCAAAAGUUCACUUCCAUUCAUUUUACAUUAGUUUAAGUGCAUUUGCGUGAGCAAACCUUUCAUUUGCCAAAAGAUAUAUGUAUUUAUACUACAUUUGCACGAUAUGUUAAAACAGUUUAUGACAAAUUUACAUUUGGACACAUGACCAACUAUCAUGCAACUCAUUUAUUGGUACAGCCCGCCCGCUUAGCUCAAUAGGGAGCUUCGGAUCGCGGGGUCAUGAGUUCGAGGCCUGGACAAGGUGUAUGUUCUCCGUGACGAUUUGAUAAAAGACAUCGUGUCUGAAAUCAUUAGUCCUCCAUCUCUGAUUCAUGUGGGGAAGUUGGCAGUUACUUGCAGAGAACAGGUUUGUACUGGUACAGAAUCCAGGAACACUGGUUAGGUUAACUGCCCGCCGUUACAUAACUGAAAUACUGUUGAAAAACGAAACCCAAAACAAAUAAACAAACAUUUAUUGGUAAAAACUGACAUAAUCCCGCUGUCUUGUGCAGGAAUAAAAUGCUGCGUGAAAAGAAUACCCAUUUAUUCAGCUGUCAAUUUCGAUCUCUGAAAUAUUAAUUAACUGUACAAGAGCAUGGAAUAUUGGCCUCAUUACCUCAGCAUGGCUGUUCCAUUUGGUAUAAUGCCAAAUUCCUGUUAUGUCUGUGGUAAUCUGAAAUUUUCUGUUGGCUCAGUUGCAAUUAGUACUUUGUGACAUUCUCAGGAAGCAGAUUCAGCAGUGAUUAUAUACAUUUAGCUGGAUGCAUAAUCUAAAACUUAAUCAACGCUUCAAAAUGUUUGUGCCUUAUAAUGCAAACGUCUUCGCCAUCUUGGCAUGAAUUCAGACGAAAAUAUCAGCUGUACAAAAUAUUGCUGGAGUAUGUUAAUCAGCUACACGUGAAAAUAUCAAACUGAUCGUUUUCGAUUAUAUCAUACAUGUCACCAAAAAAAAAAAAAAAUUUAAAAAGUGUAGAUAUUCACCACUUUUAUAUAAUUUAUCUAAAUGUCAUCUAGUUUUCCAAAGUUUGGAUAAAAUCUUUUAAAUGUUUAAUGAGGACGUUAGUUUCAUCCAUGAUAUACGCUUUUUAAAUGAGCCGCGCCAUGAGAAAACCAACAUAGUGUAUUUGCGACCAGCAUCCGCGCAGUCUGGUCAGGAUCCAUGCUGUUCGCUAACGGUCUCUCUAAUUGCAACAAGCUUUGAAAGCGAACAGCAUGGAUCCUGAUCAUACUGCGCGGAUGCGCAGGCUGGUCUGGAUCCAAGCUUGUCGCAAACGCACAGUACAAUAUAAGACGAUAAGGAUUGAAAAUCUUUGCUAAAUUAACGUUGCGUCGCCUCGUUUCUGAAAAACAAAUGACCAAAUAGCUAUAAUAUAUGUAAUUUGAAGACAUUUCUCAGGCAUUCAAAACUUUUCAUUGCUAAAUGCCGCGAUUUAGUCAGUUGAGGAUUAAGUGUUAUACCCCGAUAACUUGUUUUUGCCUUUCCUAGAAGUUUCAUGUUGGGGCAAUAUUCGGCUAAAGACACCCACACCCCUUUAAACCAUGAGCCGCACCAUAAAAAACCAACAUAGUGCAUUUGCGACCAGCAUGGAUCCAGAUCAGGAUCCGUGCUGUUCGCUUUCAAAGCCUAUUGGAAUUAGAGAAACCGGUAGCGAACAGCAUGGAUCCUGACCAGACUGCGCGGAUGCGCAGGCUGGUCUGGAUCCAUGCUGGUCGCAAAUGCACUAUGUUGGUUUUCUCAUGGCGCGGCUCACUUAAUGGAUCUUCAUACAAUGACAAAGACUUUUGCAAUGUUUGCGUAUCUACAAAAUUAUUAUAAUACAUCUUCAUGUAUUUUUAUACAAAGAUGUAUGGAAAUUUUAACUGAUGUAUCUCAAAAUUGGGAAAGAAAUGUGCAAUUCAAGUGAGCAUAAUUUUGGAAUUUACACCAUGCAAGUCAUUGAAUUAUAAAGAAAGGAAUACUACACCAAAUAUUGCACCUACUAAUAACUAAUGCAUAUUUUUGCACACUAUGGGCCAUAUUCGUUAACUUCUUAGAUCUUUUGUAUUUUAAGACAUUUCUGAAAUAAGUUUGGCAUAUAAAUAGGUGGUUUCAAUACACUUUCUAUUGAAAAAGUAUGUGGAUGUUAUAGUUAAAUGAAAAUGUAAGCAAAAUUAUCCAUAAGAAUGUUUUAAAGCGAUCGGUCACAUAAUUAUGACAUUUAUCAUAUUUCGUAUAUACUGCUAUAGACUUAUCUAAGGAACAAAAAAGACCCAUUAUAUAGUGUUAGAUUCCGAUUAUUAAUGUAUGUUCUUUUGAAUUUUUUAAAAUUGUGCAAUUGCCACCAAUUUAUUUGAAAUUAUUUUAUAUUUAUAUUUGAUAAAUACCCGGAUAUUCUAACAAUAUGAUAUAAAAACAAGAUUUAUAUUUGUGUCUAGCUUCUUUGUUUAUCUACUUUCGAUCUCUUAGUUAUUUGUAUUGUUACGCAACCAAGUUAGGCAAAGGGAGGUAAUAAUGAAUUUUCUUUUGAAUUUUUAAUGAAUUUCAGUUGAAUAUACAGUUGUUAAGUGAAACGUUAAUAAAUAUGAUACAACA